AAUCUCCCAAGGUCUAAGGAGGGCAAGAGGCCUGCGAGUCGCCUGCUACUCAGCAAAGGGGUUGCUCAGCAGGCCCGGGGCCCUGGUCCACCCCAGGUGCCUGGUUUGCCCACCUCCGAUGGCGCCCUUCGCUGGCAGGGUGGGCGCCUCUGGCGAACCAGCUCCGUCCCGCUGCCUUUAGAGCCCCACCUCUUCCAGGUCCCGGGCCUUCCACCCCUUGCAGGCGGCUGUCCCCGCUGGGGUCCAGAUGGUGUCGGAGGGCCGGCGGUUCGGCUGCGGGCUCGGGGUUCAGCCUUCCGGCCUCCCUCCGUUCCUGACUCUCCUUUUCUUCGGAGAAGGCGCAGAGGCCAGGACCAAAGCGCCACUCCUGGGGUUCUCCGCGACUCGGAGUUGCCCCAGGAGGGCGCAGCUCUGCCCCGCGGGGUGCAGGCCUCGAUAGGCAGGGGCCUGAGUCACCGCCUGUAACACAACACCAGGUCUCCCCGCCCCCGCCUCCCCCCAGCUCCGGCCGCCAGCCUGCGGCGACACCUACAAGAAAAUGAAGGGGCGCUCGGGCCCGAGGCGCCCCCGGCGGGAUCGCGAACAGGUCCCGGCGGUCCCCAGCUCGCGGCGAUCUCGCUUCCCCGGGCCCGAAGCUCCGCGAGCCGCAAACGCUGCCCCGGCGCGAGCAGGAAUCCAGGUCGAGCGGCCGGAGCUGGAGCCCGAGGAGGCACAGGGCCCGCGGUAGCUGCGGCUGGCGAGCCCGAGAGCGCCCAGGGAGGGGCGCCCGGCUUGGAAUUUCCCGGUCCCCUCGGGCCCAGCGAGGACAAAGCCCCGUGGCCUAGGCCGCGCCGCACAAAGAGCGAGUCGCGACACGCUCCCAUCCCCCUCCCAGCUAGCCAAGGCUCCAGCCCCGGCCCCGGGAGGCGGCAGGGAGGUGGGGGAAGCCCUGGCCGCCGCCCCUCUCUCCCCCUCCCCUGGGGCCUAGCGAGCGCCGCCCCCGCCCCCGCCCAGUCUGCGCGUCCUCUCGGGGAGGGGUUGGGGGGCGCGGCGCCCCACAUAACACUCCCCCUCCUGAGCUGGGAGCCACCCUCUCCCCUCCCUCCUGCAAACACCGCCGCCUCCCCUGCCACCGCCGCCACCUCGCCCGACGCUCCGCAGCUCGUCGCAGCCGGGGGGCGGUGCGCGGACCGUGCGCGCCGCGGGCGCCAGAUGUGCAGUCCCCGCCGCCGCCAGUGACCUAGCCGCAGCCCGAGCGGGAUCGGGCCGCCUCCCUGAUGCCGCGGGGGCGACCUUGAGCUUCCCUCGGUGGGGACCCCCGACACCCGAGCGCUGUGCCCAGUCGUGCACUCUGCAGCCCGGCUUUCCGCGCGCUUGGACAUGGAAGGGGCCGCUGCGCCCGUGGCGGGGGACCGUCCCGAUGCGGGGCCGGGGGCGCUGGGCUCUCCUCGGGAGGCGGUGGCGGGGGCGACUGCAGCCCCCGCGACGGCGGCAGCCCCGGAGCCCAGGAAGCCGCACGGGGUGAAGCGGCAUCAUCACAAGCACAACUUGAAGCACCGCUACGAGCUGCAGGAGACCCUGGGCAAAGGCACCUACGGCAAAGUCAAGAGGGCCACCGAGAGGUUUUCGGGCCGAGUGGUUGCUAUAAAAUCCAUUCGUAAGGACAAAAUUAAGGAUGAACAAGACAUGGUUCACAUCAGACGAGAGAUUGAGAUCAUGUCAUCUCUCAACCAUCCUCAUAUCAUCAGUAUUUAUGAAGUGUUUGAGAACAAAGAUAAGAUUGUGAUCAUCAUGGAAUAUGCAAGCAAAGGGGAGCUGUAUGAUUACAUCAGUGAGCGGCGGCGCCUCAGCGAGAGGGAGACCCGGCACUUCUUCCGGCAGAUCGUCUCGGCCGUGCAUUAUUGUCAUAAGAACGGUGUGGUCCACCGGGACUUGAAGCUGGAAAAUAUACUGCUCGAUGACAACUGCAAUAUUAAGAUUGCUGACUUUGGGCUUUCCAACCUGUACCAGAAGGAUAAGUUCUUGCAAACAUUUUGUGGGAGUCCACUCUAUGCAUCUCCUGAGAUUGUCAAUGGGAGACCUUACCGAGGGCCAGAGGUGGACAGCUGGGCCCUGGGCGUAUUGCUUUACACUCUCGUUUAUGGAACAAUGCCCUUCGAUGGUUUCGAUCACAAAAACCUCAUUCGGCAGAUCAGCAGCGGAGAGUACCGGGAGCCCACGCAGCCCUCAGAUGCUCGAGGACUCAUUCGGUGGAUGCUGAUGGUGAACCCUGAUCGCCGGGCCACUAUUGAGGACAUUGCCAACCACUGGUGGGUGAACUGGGGCUAUAAGAGCAGCGUGUGUGACUGCGAUGCCCUCCAUGACUCUGAGUCCCCGCUCCUGGCUCGGAUCAUUGACUGGCACCACCGUUCCACAGGGCUGCAGGCUGACGCUGAUGCCAAAAUGAAGGGCCUGGCUAAGCCCGCGACAUCUGAGGUCAUGUUAGAGCGGCAGCGGUCGCUGAAGAAAUCCAAGAAAGAGAAUGACUUUGCCCAGUCUGGUCAGGAUGCAGUGCCUGAAAGCCCAUCCAAGUUGAGCUCAAAGAGGCCCAAGGGGAUCCUGAAGAAGCGAAGUAACAGUGAGCAUCGCUCUCACAGCACCGGCUUCAUUGAAGGAGUGGUUGGUCCUACCUUACCCUCUACUUUCAAGAUGGAGCAGGACUUGUGCAGGACUGGUGUGCUCCUCCCAAGCUCACCAGAGGCAGAGGUGCCCGGAAAACUCAGCCCCAAGCAGUCAGCCACAAUGCCCAAGAAAGGCAUCUUGAAAAAGACCCAGCAGAGAGAAUCGGGUUACUACUCUUCUCCAGAGCGCAGCGAGUCUUCGGAGCUAUUGGACAGCAAUGAUGUGAUGGGCAGCAGCAUCCCUUCCCCCAGCCCCCCGGACCCAGCCAGGGUAACCUCCCAUAGUCUCUCCUGCCGGAGGAAGGGAAUCUUGAAACACAGCAGCAAGUACUCAGCGGGUGUCAUGGACCCUGCCCUGGUCAGCCCUGAAAUGCCCACACUGGAAUCCCUGUCGGAGCCUGGCGUCCCUGCCGAGGGCCUCUCCCGGAGCUAUAGCCGUCCUUCCAGUGUCAUCAGCGAUGACAGUGUGCUGUCCAGUGACUCUUUCGACUUGCUGGAUUUGCAGGAGAAUCGCCCUGCCCGCCAGUGCAUCCGCAGCUGCGUCUCUGCAGAAAAUUUCCUCCAGAUCCAGGACUUUGAGGGGCUCCAGAACCGGCCCCGGCCCCAGUACCUGAAGCGGUACCGGAACCGGGGGGCAGACAGCAGCUUCUCCCUCCUCACAGACAUGGAUGAUGUGACUCAGGUCUACAAGCAAGCGCUGGAGAUCUGCAGCAAGCUCAACUAGCACUCCAGGGCGCCGAGGACAGGCAGGGGUACGAGGGAGGAAGGGGAGCAAGAUGGGCUCAUAGGCUGGUUACCUCUUUGCUGGCCAUGACAACAGACUGAAAAAGGAUUGGCACUGUCUCAUUUGGCCAAGUUUGCAGCCUUGAGCCAACACCUAAAGGGGAGAAGUGGGCUCUUCUGCCGGUUCUGCCAACUGUCAGUCAGAAUUUGGGCCCUAUUUGGCAUUUGCUUUAUGGCACCUCCUAGAGGACCAGUUGUCCAGGGGAGGUGGUGUUGACCGGCUUAGUGGGUGGAGUGGAAGCACAUGGGGAGGGAGGAUUUCCUUAGAAGUUAUCCAAAUGCUUCUGAGGAGGGGCAGGAGACACUUGGGCUGUCUGCUUUGGGUGAGCCCAAAGAACUUGCCCCUUUUCUCCUUGCAUUAGCAAGCUAGGUCUGACUGCAUGGAGCUGGCAAGUAGAUUUCAGCAACUUGAGCUUGAGGUGAUGAUCAAUUAAUAAUGGCUGCCAGUUGUGCUGGCGUGAGUGGCCAACACCACGGGGAGGGAGUGCUGUGAUUGACUAGUCAUGGCUACCAUGGACAAGGGAAGGGCAGCAGUAGCACUAAUGCUAUGUCGCUGUCAUCUUUGAUCUGGCUAAACCCUGGGAAUUGGGUUAAGGCAUUCUGUGGGAUCUGUGUUAACUCCUUUGUGCCACUGGCGAGGCAUUUAUUAAUUUGCUACUCGACUUUGAUGACAGGGCCUUGGUCAGAGAGAGAAUGCUUUGAACUCUGCUAAGGACAUAGAGUCAACCCAUGGUGAUUUAGCUUCUUUCUAUUCACCUCCUCUUUUCUGAUGUCUGCCUUGCUGUAUAGCACAACCUCUUAAGGGUGGACAGGGAAAAAGAUGGUGGUGUCAGAGGUCAAAACUAUUGUAAUGAUAGGGCACAAGAUGGUCUGUGAUCUUUGCACAGAUGAAUGGAAGUUGAUGCACACCAAGGGGCACCUUGUCAUUGUCUUUCUCAGUAUUAACUGGAAUGCUGCCUCUUGGGUUCUCACCUGCAUGGAUGUUUUGAGUUGGACGUGAUACUGUCUACAGUCUCCAGAGGAUAACCUGAAUCAACUAUUGGCUCUGUUCACCAAAGACAAAUGGUUUCCCCAUCCACUGAGUGUAGCAUCUUCAGAGGUAGACGAGUUUGCUUCUAGGGAGUUAGCGUGUAGGCGGGUUAUUGGGAUGAGAAAAGGAAAAUCAGGUAGAAGGUGCUUCCCCCCCAAAUCUAAGUAUUCUGUCAUGGUUUUAAACUUUGACAUGAACUCCUGGCUUUGGGGGAAAAGAAAGUUCCAUUUAUUUAAAUGAAAAAGGUAUUGAAAGAGUGCAGGGGGUUGGGAGGAAGCAUGUCAGAGAGAGAACAUUUUCCUAGAUGUCACCCAGAUGGUUCUGGAGGAGGCAGAAAAGAGGUGCGGCAGGACUCUUAAAGAGU